AUGGUUGGCAGACGCUUUCCGAUAUGUCAUGUGCACGUUGGCGACACUAUUGUAGAGGUUUCAAGCUUUAGCACUCGUGCAUCUAGGUUUGGGAGGGUCUUGAGUUUGGAUCCUGAGAAGCCAGAUGGUUGUGAUGAAAAGGACUAUAUUCGCUGGAAAAAUUGCAUGCAGCGUGAUUUCACAAUAAAUGGAUUGAUGUUUGACCCAUAUGCAAAGUUGGUGUACGACUACACGGAUGGAGUUAAUGAUAUUAGGAAAGCUAAAGUGCGGACUAUUAAACCUGCUAAUCUUUCCUUUGCAGAGGAUUGUGCUCGUAUUCUCCGUGCGGUUAGAAUUGCCGCUCGACUAGGUUUUCGGAUAUCAAAAGAGACAGCUCUAGCAGUAAAGAGAUUUUCUGCUUCAAUUCUACGGCUUGAUAGGGGCAGACUUCUCAUGGAAGUCAAUUACAUGAUGGCCUAUGGUUCUGCCGAGGAUUCACUUAGAUUAUUAUGGAAGCUAGGUCUUCUUGAUAUACUUCUGCCCGUUCAGGCAGCGUAUUUGGUCCGAAUUGGUUUUCGUAGACGUGAUAAGAAGGGUAACAUGCUUUUGUCUUUAUUCUCCAACCUCGAUAAACAUCUGGCGCCUGACAGGCCAUGUCACGAUAGCUUAUGGUUUUCAAUUUUAGCAUUUCAUCAAGCACUUUUCGAACAGCCAAGGGAUCCCCUGGUGGUGGCUGUAUUCAGCCUUGCUGUCCACAAUGGUGGCGAUUUAUCAGAAGCUUUGGGUAUUGCGAGACGUAUAAAUAAGCAGCACGAAAGUAGUUUUUGCGAGCUAUUGGAACCUGGAUUUUUGGAUUCUUCUGUCCUCAUUGAUGAUGUUAUGAGUUUAGCAGCUUCCAUUCGAAGUGCACUAGUUCAUUUGACAGACGAAUAUUUUGUCUCACAGGCAAUGGCUAAGUAUCCAAAAGCACCACAUUCAAAUCUUGUUUUUUUUCCUUGGCAACUGUACUUACGAGGGUGUAAGAUAUUUGAUUGUGUUCAAGAUGGAAAGGAGGAAGGAUUUGUACCAAAACAUGGUCCAAAGUUGGACAAACGGGCCGUAUGGAUAAACAGGACUCGAAGAGCUCAACACCUUCGAAAGCUCAGAACUGAAGCUCGAUGCGCGAUUGCUCGCGAUUUGAACACUGGAAUUCGACCAACGGCGAUGACCGGAGAUGGCCACCGGAAACAAUGGCAGACAACGGCUCUGAACGAAAAGAAGGCUGGCAACGACGGGGACUGGACGGUGGCUGGCAGGAAACAACGUGGUGGUCGCCAGUAG